AAAAGUACGCACGAUUUGUCGGUUCCGUCAUUCCGGUCUGGGCUCUGGCCCCCCCCUCUAGCUGAACCAGCCUGUCGGACUACCCAACCAGAUGAUGGUCUGCCACGAGAACCGGACCAGCGGCCCCGGACACCCUACGCCGCGGUGCUGGGUCGGAUUCGUGUCACAACUAUCGCUUCUUGUCGCACUUUCUUCGGCCCAACCCCUCGCUGCUCCAUGGCAGGGGUGGAUGCAGAGUCUAUUCACGGGCCUACGGGUUUGGUCCGGGAUGGCUUCGGAUCCGAUAAUAUCACGGAACAAAAAGACGGAAUGCAAGCCAUGAAUGAAUGCAUGGGCGGGGAUGUCUUUUGACACCACCAACGGGCUCCUAAUCCAUGUCUAAUCCAUGUCUGACCGGGGGA